GUCACGAGUACCUGGAUGUUGCUAACAUGGCUUCUAUUGAGGUGUCCUGCCGGAUAACAUCAGAGGACAAACCACGGUAUCAGCUUCAAGGCUUCCUAUCUCUUCCUGGAGGUAAUUUGUAUGAGAUGACGCCUUAUAACGGUGCUCGUGGUGACGCAUGGGGGCCUGUCGACGAUGAUCUGUAUAUCCUGAAGCCAGUGAAGCCUCUUAUUGACAAACAAGCUAUUGACAUCACGUUGUCGUAUGACGAAGAUAAUGUUUCUGAGAGGGAGGCUGAACGAUGGACGCAGGAAUCUAGAAGCAAACGUUCGACUGACCAAAUACACAUUGAUGUUGUUGCUGUCGUUGACUACUCCGUAUAUCAAAGAUGGUUUGCAAGGACUUCCCAGGUGUCCGAAGUCCUCAAGCAUGCUGAAACAAAGGAGAACAUACGACGCCAUUUUGCUCAUCUUGUUAACGGGGUAAACUUAAGGUUUAAGACUGCCUCGACAUUGUACAACAUACACCUGGUUGGGUAUGUCAUUGAGGAUCAAGGAAGAGGAGGUUGGUUCCAGUCAGUCUUGAACGAGGAGGAUUACCCAAACAACACAAAGAUAGAUGCUUCAAAUCUGCUUCCAAGUGCUCGAGAUUGGAAAAAUAACAUCCCAGGGUUCCCAGAGAAUGACCACGUCAUUGUUUUCACAGCGUAUGAUUUGUACAGGAUGGAUGCUAGCGUAACUCAAGACCUACUGGGUUAUGCAUACGUUGGAACUAUCUGUGACAAGCCAGGUCGCAGCAUAUCACUAGUGGAGUAUACCGACAAUCUGGUGGAUGAUCUUCUGGUGACAGCUCACGAAAUGGGGCAUGCUGCACGGCAUGACGGGGAAUACAACAACACGUGUUCUGGGACUGACGCCUACAUCAUGAGCAGCAGCUACUCAGCACAUCAUAACGUCAGCAUAACGAAUUACUUCCUGUUUUCUAACUGCUCCAUCCGCUAUUUCCAGACCUUCCUGGACCAAGUGUUAGCAGAAAGUGAUACCACUUCCAGGAGCUGCCUCCUGGAAUCUCUAGAACCGGCGUCUGUGACGAACGUCACCGGUGAGUGGCCUGGUCAGCUAUACAACGUAAACGAGCAGUGUCAGAUGAAAUAUGGCCCCACUUCCUAUAUGUGCUUGGAUGUGAACUCUAGCGUCAGUGUUUGUAAGAGGCUCUACUGUUACCUUCCCCAUCGGCCGGGAUUGUGCAGUAGCAUCAACGCCGUGGACGGUACAACGUGUGGCAACAGACAGUGGCCUGCCCAUUUGGGGAUCAACUCUCAUAUCGAAACAUGAGCUGUCCUGAGCUUGUCAGUCCUACUACUAAGCAUUUCUGCUAUAGAGAGUCUUACUCUGUGUUAAUCUGCUGUGACACGUGUCGGCGUCAUAAAGGAAAUGAUUCAGGUAGAGAUAAACAGAUGCAAAGAAAGACCCACAUUCAUUUCAGUACAACCUUUGUAGUCAAUGUAAACUGUCACGAAGACAAAAU